UAGAACGUUUCUUUGUCAAACUGAGACUCUGCUACCAAAGUUUGAUGCAUUUACACUCCAGUGCCUCUGAUGAUGUAAGUUCUGGAUCACCUAGGCUGGAACAAAUUGUGGGCAUCUUCAAAGGACUUCCAGGUUCAUCCUGCUUCUCACCUUGGCUUCCUCAACUUCAUGUUCUGCGGCCAUGGCGAUGCUGAGGUUCCUGCUCCUCUUGACUGGUUUGGUGCUGCUGAGUGGUGAUUGCAGGGCACAAUUCUACGGCCGAGAAUUCAUCACUUCUGUCAUGCAAAAUUUUAUUUCAAAAACUCCCAUUACGACAAGCAUUCAGUUGUUCAUCACAGGUUACCAUGAUUCCACCAGAGUCCAAGUGAAAAUGAACAAAUCUCCAUUCCAGAAAAGUUACUCACUCACAAAGGGGGAGAUGUUGCCUGUGGAGAUCCCAGAAUCUGCAGAAGUGAUAGGCACCAACACAUCUGAUCACUCCAUUCUGAUUCAAGCAGAAAAUGACAUUUCUGUUGUUUUAGUAUACAGGAAGUCAGCUACUAUGGACAUCAUGACAGUGUACCCAGUCCCAGAGCUUGGCACAGAAUAUUACGUGGUAACCCCAUCUGGGAGACAAUCAACAAGUUACCUCAGAGAAUUUGCAGUCAUAGGCUGGAAAGUCCCUACAACCGUUGAUAUUCAUUUAAAAGCAGAUGUUACCUUCAACGGACAGUCACAUCGUGCAGGGAGCAUACUCCGUGUUUCCCUCCAGGCUCAACAGAUAAUCCAACUUCAAAGCUUAGGCGAUUUUUCUGGGACUAGGAUACAGUCAGAGAAUCCUGUGGCAGUCUUAAGUGGGCAUGCCUGUGUUUAUAAAAAUACCAACUGUGAUCAUGUUGUUGAACAGCUUCUGCCUGUCUCUGGUUGGGGCACUGCAUUCAUUGUCCCCCCUGUCUUCUUCCAAACCAAUGCAGACAUUGUAUAUGUGGCGGCCAGCCAAAAUACUCGCGUUGACUACCAACAUGGGACUGAAAAAAAAAUUCAGAACAUGGUGGCUGGGGAAGUCAUGCAGCUUGAUAUCAGUUACCCUCAGGCAUAUUACAUCUCUGCUGAUGCUGGAAUCCAGGUCCUUUUCUUCUUCACUGGGUUUAAGUCGAAAGAAAAGACUGUUGAUCCAUUUCUCAUCAACAUCCCUGCCCUGGCCAACUAUGGCAAGUCUUACCACAUCAAUGGGAUAAGAGACUUAGAGAACAGUGCCAUUCUCAUAGCGAAAAGGUCAAAAAGAGGAAGCAUUACUAAAGAUAAGCAGCCUAUCCAUGGCAUUCAAUGGGAAGACGUUCCUGGCACACUCUAUUCAUGGGGCACAUACAACUUGGAAGCAGGAAACCAGUCGCUAUCCCUGGAGCAUCCGGAAACUCCCUUUGGUGUCUUGGUUUUCGGUGGCGGAGAUUCUAAUGGCUACGGUUUCGCCCCACCAGCUCUUCCCUCAUUUGCACCCAAAUCAAGACCCCUCACCUGCAUAGGAACUGGGGAUCCACACUAUACCUCCUUUGAUGGAAGGAAAUUUGAUUUCAUGGGAACCUGCAUUUAUCAGAUGGCGGGCGUCUGCUCCAAAGACCCUGCCCUCACUCCGUUUUUGGUCACGGUGCAGAAUAACAACCGAGGCAGCAAGGCGGUAUCCUUUACCAAAGUGGUGACUCUGGAGGUCUACAAUAUGACCAUCAGCCUGAGCCAAGAAUAUCCACACAAGAUUCAGGUUAACGGUGUCUUUGUGGACUUGCCCUUCUCCUAUGAAAAUAAGUUGAAGGUCUACGCUAGUGGAGUCCAUGGCUUCAUCAAAACUGACUUUGAUUUGAGAGUCAGCUUCAACUGGAACAGCUAUGCCACAGUCAUUAUACCUAGAACUUAUGCCAAUGCUGUCUGUGGACUCUGUGGCAACGCCAAUCAGGAACCCAAAGAUGACUUCACCAUGAAGGAUGGAACUCAGGCAGCUGAUGAAAUCCAAUUUGCAGAUAGCUGGAAAGUGAAGGAUGUCCCAGGGUGCUCAGCAGGAUGUCACGAUAACUGCCAAGUGUGCAAGGAGACAGAGAAACAAACUUAUAAGAGCAACAAGUAUUGUGGGGUCCUCAUUCGAAACGAUGGUCCAUUCAGGCAGUGCCAUGAAGCCACUGAUCCAGUGUCCUUCUUUGAUGACUGUGUCUUUGACACCUGUCUGUACAAGGGUCACCAUGACACUCUCUGUAGCGCUAUCAGUGCCUAUGCAACAGCCUGCCAAGCUCAAGGCAUCCAGGUUGGGCAAUGGAGAUCAGCUUCCUUCUGCAGAGAAGCAAUAAGGUUAAACAUAAACUAUUCAACUCGAAAUAGUUUUUCAGGUCUCUCCCAGUUCCUGACUGUGUCUCAUCUAGAGAAAGAGAGAGCAGGCCUCAGGAACAGCCGGAUGGGGAGGAUCUGGGAGAAACUGGCGUAA